GCCCUGCACGGACGUCUGCUCCCCCCGCCGGUUCCUCCUCAGCCGGCACAGCGACUGCGACCUGUCAGUGGGAGGGGGACCUGCAGCUCGAACAGCUUCCAUGCUGAAGAAUUGAGACGCAUCAAGGCACUUGGCUGUGUGCACCUUUGGACAAACAAUUGACGAUCUUUCAUCUAAGACACUGAACGUGGAUUAAAGACAACCAAGAUCCUUACAAUGGAUGAGUCUACAGAGGUCCGAACAGACGGCAAUUCUCUGCUAAAGGCGGUCUGUCUGAGUCGUCUGCGUCUGACUCGGCUGCUCUUGGAGGGAGGGGCCUACAUAAAUGAGAGUAAUGAACAUGGCGAGACACCGCUUAUGGUGGCCUGCAAGACACACCAUACAGAUUCACAGAGUGUACCCAAGCACAAGAUGGUUCGGUAUCUUUUGGAAAAUGGUGCCGAUCCAAACAUCCAAGACAAGACAGGGAAAACAGCUCUGAUGCACGCAUGCCUCGAACAAGCUGGAUCUGAAAUUCUGUCACUCCUUCUGAGCAGUGGAGCUGAUCCAACUCUGGAGGAUCAUGCAGGCUUAUCAGCAUUGGUUUAUGCGGUCAAUUUAGGAAAGAGGGAUGUCCUCAGGGUCCUCAUGGAUGCCUGUAAAGUAAAGGGUAAAGAAGUUAUUAUCAUCACCACCAACAAACUACCAUCCGGCCAUCAGGUGACAAAACAGUACCUCAAUGUCCCUCCACCUCCUGACCUUGAGGAGCGUCUCCUUUAUAACGACACAUCUUGUUCCAUGUCUGCAUAUGAGGUCCAGCUACAAACACAGGGCUCCUCAGCAAGUGCUUCUCUCCAGCCUGGUAGCCUCCUUCUUGGCCAUAGGGAUUCUCAGUGUUCAUGCUCAGGCCCUGUCCUAAUCGCAUCUCAACCAGGUUCUCCAAUCCAACACCCUUGUCCUUUACGUGGUCCUGGUGGUGAUAAGCGACCUAAUCUCCAUAGGCUACACUUAGAGUCGUGGUCGAAAAGUCCUUCCCUGCUGCUCCAGCAGAGCCAGACCUCCUCUCUGACAGAGGAGCCAGUGGAAGUCAAACCCAAGGAGGAGUGGUCUUUCAGAUUCAGUAGCCUUACAACACACGGAAGACCUGCCUUUUCACGCCACCAGAGUAUCGAUGUUAAAGACACAAAGGGGAUUCUGAAAGCACUAGAGAACAUGUCAGGAAAUGAGAAUAGGGGAGGAGGUGGAAGAAGAGGCUUUGGUAGAAAGAUGUCAUAUGACAGUGCUGCGAGUUCACUGCAUUCUGCUUCACACCCAGACCUGCAUCACGAUAGUCUCCCCUUUCCUAAUGAAUCCAGUCCUGUGAAUGAAGAUUCCUCUGACUGUCUUAGACAACUGAAUGUUUCAAGUCUGCAAAAUGUGGUCCGUCGGCGAGACAUUGGUAUGAACCACUACAGUUCUGAUUCUCAUUUGCCACAAUUUGUCUGCCGAGACAAUAGCUCCAAGAAUGGUGGUAGAGCUGGAAUGGGACCAGAAAAGCACAAGCUGGUCAACAGUAGGUCCUCCACUCUGUCAGGAUCCAAGGAAUCCUUGGAGAGCUCUGUCCAGAGACGAGACCCAGCAAUGCAGGAGCGAAGGGGCUCAGGGGCCCAUCUUCUGGAUCGCAUUGCCCACACCCGCCCUGGAUACCUCCCUCCACUGAAUCCCCAUGCUCCUAUACCAGAUAUCGGGGUCAGCUCUUCCUCUUUGAGUGGAAGUAGCAAGUCACUGAACGGUGUACUCACAGGGUCAAAGCCUAAUAUACCCUGCGCACCUGUUUUCCAGAGGAAUGUAAAUGCCAAGAAAAUGCUGUGGAGACGUCAUUCAAUGCAGAGUGAGCAGAUAAAACAGCUGGGAAACUUUGAGGAAACUUUUGACCUCUAGAAUAAAGUUUUGCAUGGAUCAGAGGAAGAUGUAUGUGCCCUUACCAGUAUCAUGCUUUACUGUACUGUACGUAUCGUACCAUUGCUGAUGGCAGGUCAUGCUUUAGUGUCUGCGUGCCAGCAUAUACAGGAACAGGGCAGUGUCUCCACCCCUGUGUGUGUGUGUGUGUGUGUGUGUGUGUUUGUGUGUGUGUCUGUGUGUGUGUGUGUGCACGCGCGCAGGAAUGAGAAAAAAUAGAGAGAGAACAGAUGCAGUUACACAACUAAGGUAAAAACAAAACUAUGGCCCUGGAAACAGUUGAUUCAAAUUAGUUGAUUUCAAACUUUAAAACGUUGAUUUAAAACGUCAGGGUGUCUAAAGCUAUAUACAACUUAAAUUUAAGAUGUUUAAAAUAUCUACAUAUGCAGCAAAUAGCAUUAAAAGGCUCAAGAUAUGAAAAUUGUUUUUUAGCAAUAUUUCAUCAAGAAAUGAAUCCGCUAAAAGACAAACUAAUUUGUUUUAUUUACGUUUAUUUAUCUUUUUCUGUCCGCUGGACAAAAAGAUUGAGUACGAGCUUCUGACUCCAACAAAAGUCACUUGGGUUAGAAAAGACAGUCAACUGUUUUCUGGUAUUUCAAAUAAACAUGUUUGCAUUGUGUUAUAAUUUGGUUUACUCUGCUCGGUGAAAAGGUGAGCAGGUGUUGACAAAGGGGACUCUUUUUUGGACUCAGCUCUUGGAGGGCUUUGGGUUGGAGGCGGGACUGCUGGAUUGAAUGUGUCUAAAAAUGUGACUGCCACCUUUUUUGAAUGUUCAGUAUCACUGGGUAUCUGCCUAAAUCUGAUCCACAGACGUAUGUUGGUGUUUGUCUUUGUACGUGUGAAAUGUAUCUGGAGAAUUCUGCAUGCCAGAGAUUCUGGUGAAUGUUGAUCCCAACUUGCAGAGCCGUGACGACUGAGUAGAACCAUACUUCAUGAACAGUGUUCUUUUAUUUAGACCUCUACAGCGUAAUU